UGAAUGACGACAAGCUUAACCCGGAAGCAGUUAUCGCGGCCGGGAUGAAGCGGUGGUUCGGACGUCACAGAGAGGAAGCCAUUUUCGCGACAGCCUGCAGCUGUCGGGGGUGACGGGAGCGGCGCGGAUCCUCCCGGCUUGGAGACGGAGCGGGGCCGAGCCACUGCAGCUCGGAGCUCACCACACAGCCUCGGACAUGUUUUCACUCUCUACCUUUCAACCGCAGGUAACAGUCCCUCUAAGUCAGCUGAUCAGCACCUUCCAUUCACUUAAAAGCUCGGCAAGCUCAGUUAGUUCUGCGUCCAUACAGUGUCUCCAACGAGAAGUACCUCAAGAGCAUGAUCAAGUUAAUGAGCCUCUGGGUAACUUGAGGGAUUUUGGACUGUCUGAUUUAAAACCCAGCCACCUAGAUGAAUUGGUAGGCAGAUUACUUCCGUGUUUGCCUCCAGUUGAUUCAAACUCUGGUACAUCCCAAUGGCAAAUUUCCCAUGUUUCAUCACAAUCCUUCUUUGAAAAUAAACAUGGAUUUUCAAGCAAUGUCUUCAAAGUGUUGCGUGCAUCUCAGCUUUCUCAACAGCAUCCACCAUUUCUACCGACCUUGUGUUCCAGUCUUCAUCUGUGGCCAUUCCAAGAGCAAAGACGAGGCUUUAAAACUCUGAGAUCAAGAGCAAGGAGACCUGUAGCAACUGAGAAUGCAGUUGAAGCAGAGAGUAUUGCUCCUUCUUUUAUGAAGGGACUUCUGUUGAGAGACCGAGGCAGAGAAGUUGAGAAUUUGGACAGUUUGAUUAAAACAAAAAAUAUUCCUGAGGCUCAUCAGGAUGCAUUUAAAACUGGUUUUGCAGAGGGCUUCCUGAAAGCACAAGCUCUCACACAAAGGACAAAUGAUUCUUUAAGAAGAACGAGACUGGUUCUUCUGUUCCUCCUAUUGCUUGGAAUUUAUGGUCUAUCCAGAACGCCAUUCUUAUCUGUGCGAUUUCGUACAACAUCAGGACUAGAUGCAGCAGUGGAUCCUAUUCAGAUGAAGAAUGUAACAUUUGAACAUGUGAAAGGGGUAGAAGAGGCAAAAAAUGAACUACAAGAAGUGGUAGAAUUUUUGAAAAACCCUCAGAAGUUCACUGUGUUAGGAGGCAAACUGCCUAAAGGCAUUCUUUUAGUUGGACCUCCUGGAAAUGGGAAAACUCUUCUUGCAAGAGCAGUCGCUGGUGAAGCUGAUGUACCAUUCUACUAUGCAUCAGGAUCAGAAUUUGAUGAAAUGUUUGUUGGUGUUGGAGCUAGUAGGAUAAGGAACUUAUUUAGAGAGGCAAAAGCAAAUGCACCCUGUGUCAUUUUUAUUGAUGAACUGGAUUCUGUGGGUGGAAAGAGAAUUGAAUCACCCAUGCAUCCCUAUUCCAGACAGACCAUAAAUCAACUACUUGCAGAGAUGGAUGGUUUCAAGCCCAACGAAGGUGUCAUCAUUAUAGGAGCCACAAACUUUCCUGAAGCUUUGGACAAUGCUCUUGUCCGUCCGGGUAGAUUCGAUAUGCAAGUUACAGUUCCCAGACCAGAUAUUAGAGGGCGAGUAGAGAUUCUUAAGUGGUAUCUUGGCAAAGUUAAAGUUGAUCCAGCAAUUGAUCCAGAAAUUAUAGCCAGAGGCACAGUGGGUUUCUCAGGGGCAGAACUAGAAAAUCUGGUUAACCAGGCUGCUCUGAAAGCAGCUGUUGAUGAAAAAGAUCAAGUUACAAUGAAAGACUUGGAAUUUGCCAAGGACAAAAUCCUUAUGGGUCCAGAGCGCAAAAGCAUUGAGAUUGAUGCGAGAAACAAAACAAUUACAGCGUACCAUGAAUCAGGGCAUGCUAUAGUGGCACAUUUUACAAAGAAUGCUAUGCCUAUUAACAAAGCAACAAUAAUGCCAAGAGGACCAACCCUGGGACAUGUUUCAUUAUUACCAGAAAGUGACAGAUGGAGUGAAACCCGAGCUCAGUUACUUGCUCAAAUGGAUGUUAGCAUGGGUGGUAGAGUAGCAGAAGAACUCAUCUUUGGAACAGAGCAAAUUACCACAGGUGCUUCAAGUGAUUUUGACACUGCCACCAAAAUAGCAAAGUUGAUGGUCACAAAAUUUGGAAUGAGUGAUAAGCUUGGAGUAAUGACUUACUCAGAUCCAGAAAAAGUAAGCCCAGACACUCAAUCGGCAAUUGAACAAGAAAUCAGAAUAUUAUUGCGGGAUUCUUAUGAACGGGCAAAGAAUAUCUUGAAGACUCAUGCAAAGGAACACAAAAAUUUAGCGGAAGCCUUACUGAAGUAUGAGACACUGGAUGCCAAAGAGAUACAGAUGGUUCUUGAGGGAAAGAGGCUAGAACUAAAAUAACCUCUUCAAUUGGAACAGACUUAGUCCCUGGUAUAUUAACCUAGAUGUGUAUAUAUGUGGAAGAGCAGUAGUGCACUAAAUUAAACCAUAAGUUUUAAUUCUGAGGACAUUAUUGGUAUUUUCAGUGAUAAUUCAAAAAUGGAAUUACAUAAUGUGUGCUCGGAGUUAUUUUAAAUCCUGGUUAAACUAUGCCUCUUAAAUUUUUUAAGUGAUUCUACAUAAUACUCUGCUUAGUAUAAGUGUAAAGUCAGACAAGAAAUACAGUAAACAUUAUUCCUUUGACUAUUUUUCUUUCUGCUUUUGUAUUUUCAGUCUAUUUAUGUAUACAAUUGAGUUGCAGUUGAGUGCUUCCCAAAACAAUUAAAAUUGAAUGCAAUGUUGAGUACUGCUUUCAUCAUUGAAUCAUUCAGGUACUUGUCCAAGUAUAUCCAUUUGUUACAGGUAUGUUGUUGGGUAGUCCUUUCAAUCUUGUGUUCUCAAAAAAUUUUCAGGGUUAAUAAUAAAGGAAUAAUCCUCCCUGAAGGCAGUGGUGCAUAAGAUACAGAAAUAACUAAUUGAAUCACCACCAGCAUUGUAUUGAGUAGCCAUGGGGCCAUGGAUGUGCAGACUGAAAAAUGUUUCCCCCUUUUCCUGCUAUGGUACAGGAUAAAGUGUAUUUAGGAAUUGGAAACCACACAAUGUAUAGAAAGUUUAUUGGUUAUCCUUAUUUUGAACAAACAGUAAGAACUUACUGUUAAUCUUAGGCUUUUUGAGAUUUCUAUUGACACCUAAAUAAAGAUAUCUUGUGUGA